AUGUCUGAUCUUUCUCCCAUUAACCCAAAACCUUAUUUGCGCGAACUAAUCAAUAAGCCAAUUGUUGUUACUCUGAAAUUCAACAAGACACAAUAUAAGGGUGAGCUUGUAUCUACAGACAACUACUUCAAUUUACAGCUUAGAAAUGCUGAAGAAUUUAUUUCUGGAAGCUCUAAGGGAAAAGUCGGGGACAUUUUCAUCAGAUGUAAUAAUGUAUUGUGGAUAGGUAAGGACUUAUCUAAAACCGAAGAUGCAGAAAACUGA